AUGUGUCCGUACUCCAAACACAAGGAGGGCAGGAAUUUAGUAGUCUGUAUUGAUGGAUCAUCGAACCGGUUUGGACUGAAGAACACCAAUGUCGUCGAACUCUACAGCCAACUUGUGAAAUCUGAAGCCCAGCUCACUUAUUACAACAGCGGAGUGGGCACGCACGCCCGGCCAACGUGGCGCUCUCUCACAUAUGUUCAUUAUUGGCUGAGCAACAAGGUGGAUUUGCUUAUUGCUUGGAAUCUCGAAAGAGUGAUACUGGCAGCCUAUCGAUGGAUAUCAGAAAACUAUCAAGACGGUGAUAGAAUUUACCUUUUCGGCUUUUCUAGGGGCGCUUACCAGGCCCGAGCAAUUGCUGGAAUGAUACACCGCGUCGGCUUAAUCCUCCCCGGCAAUAACGAGCAAAUACCAUUCGCAUUCGAGCUAUACUCGAAAAUAGAUGAAAAGGCCUCGAAGAGAAAAAAAUCUCGGCGCAAACAUGCCUGGGCGAAUGAGCUUGCUGAAACGUUCAAGAGCACAUUCUGCAGAUCGCACGUCCACAUCCAUUUUAUCGGCGUAUGGGAUACUGUUUCUUCAGUUGGCGUUGUGAGGGGGAAGACCUUACCUUCAACUACUAACGGCGACCACCAUAUGUGCUAUUUCAGACAUGCUCUUGCUUUGGACGAGCGGCGAGUCAAGUUCCUUCCUGAGUAUAUUCAUGGUGCAAAUACAGAAGGGUCCCAUUCCGAGCGCAUCAAGGAGGUCUGGUUUGCAGGUAGUCACUCGGACCUUCAAUCAGGUGACAUUCCAUUGCUAUGGAUGCGAAAGGAGGCUGUCGAGGCGGGCUUGAGGGUGAAGCCCACGGAAGUCGUCUGGAAGAUGGACGACUUGCAGAAGAGGACGUUCGAAUCACUACGGAGAACAUGGUGGUUACUCGAAUUCGCUCCUGUCAAGCGGGUUGUUUAUGGCACUCAGGACAAUCACACAUUUGGGUAUGUGCUGUGA